AGUAGCAGAAUGUCUGCAAGACCUAAGUGUUGAUGGUCAUCAAGAUCCUAACACAUCCACACAUCCAUCUACAGCUUCUUUCGACACUCAGAUUAGGAAGGAGCAUCCAAUUACGACUCUCAAAAGCAGGACAGGAUGGAGUGCCUAAUCAGUGUCAACUCCUAACGGGUACAUAAUGCAUGUUCAAAGCCUGCACGUGAUCACCAACCUAAGAACAACUCAGAAGACGUGAUGAAGACACAACAGAUGACAUUCCUUGUCAUCAGCGUCAUGGUGAAGAAUCCUAGGCAGAUCAUUUGGGCACAAGAACCUUGGUGGCUGUGAGAAUAUGGGUCUGAGAGUGUGUUAAAUGAAGCUGAGUGAAAUCAGUUUUGGUUUUAAAUGAAAUCACCUUCCUCCCCAUACAGUGAGCUUUAACAUUAUUUCCUAUGUGGAACUGAUUGUCAGGCACUGGGUCAAAUUCAACUGUCUCCCUUCUGUUUCUCUCCCUUUAGAUGCCAUGUGAAGGCUGCAUGGAGAGGGACAAUAAGAGCACUGAUGCAACCAUGGAGUUCCUCCUGCUCGGCUUCUCCGAGCUGCUCUGUCUGCGAGUCCUCCUCUUCCUUAUCUUUCUCAUUGUCCAUUUGGUCACACUGGCAGGGAAUCUGAUGAUCUUCAUGGCAGUGGUUAUGCAAACUUGCCGUCCUCCCAUGCUUUCCUUCCUUUGCCUGCUCUCUGCCAUCGAGCUCUGCUAUACCUUAGUCAUUGUCCCAAAGGCACUCCUCGGCCUGAUGGUGGACGGCAGCACCAUUUCUUUCAUAGGCUGUGCUGCACAAAUGCACCUUUUUGUGGCCCUCGGCGGGGCUGAAUGCUUCCUCCUCGUAGCCAUGUCGUACGACCGGUACGUUGCCAUCUGCCAGCCACUUCACUACAUGGCUUUCAUGAGUGAGGGGUUCUGCCUCAGGCUGGCUGUGGCAUGCUGUCUGGGAAGCUUUGCUAUAGCCCUGGGGUUGACAGUGGCUGUUUUCCGCUUGCCUUUCUGUCGGUCUCAUCGUAUCAAUCACUUCUUCUGCGAUGUCCCUGCUGUGCUGCACCUCACCUGUACGCAGGGUUAUUCCCCUGAGCUGCCCUUGCUGGCUGCCUGUGUGCUCCUUCUGCUGUUCCCCUUCCUCCUUAUCCUGACCUCGUAUGUUUGCAUUGCUUCUGCUUUGUUACACAUCACCUCCUCCAUGGGAAGGGGCAAGGCCUUUUCCACUUGCAUUACGCACUUGGCCAUCACCUUGCUGCACUAUGGAUGUGCCACCUUCAUGUACAUUCGUCCUAAGUCCAGUUACUCACCAGCUCGAGACAAGAUGGUGUCUCUGGUCUACACCAACAUUACUCCAUUACUGUAUCCCCUCAUUUAUAGCCUGAGGAACAAGGAAAUCAAGAGGGUCCUCAGGAAAAUGUUCAGGAGGAAGAAAAUAGCUCAGCUGAACUCUGAUUCUAUCAGAGCUGUUAUAUGCGUGUGUGGUAAAUUUUAG